UCCCAGCCUUGCCUCGGGUGUAGGGAUUGCAGGGGAAAAGCAAAACUACACGGCUAACAUUCUGUGUAGUUUUGUUUUUUGUUUUUGUUCUUUUGAGGCUCAGCUGUUCUCACAUUUGGAUUUUCUGAAACAUUCUGGAUAAAGAGAUUGUGUCUGAAGAUAUAAAACCUCUGGGCUCAGUCCCUUGUUUCUGGGCACUCUUGUGAAUACAAGGUGCCUACCAACAUGUCCCAGGCGCCAACGUUUACACAGCCGCUUCAAAGCGUUGUGGCACUUGAGGGUAGUGCUGCAACGUUUGAGGCUCAAGUUAGUGGCGCUCCAGUUCCUGAGGUGAGCUGGUUUCGUGAUGGCCAGGUUCUUUCUGCUGCCGCUCUGCCCGGCGCACAGAUCUCGUUCAGCGACGGCCGCGCUGUACUGACGAUCUCUGCCGUGACAGCCGCGCACAGUGGAAGAUUUUCCGUACGAGCCACCAAUGGUGCUGGACAAGCCACUAGCACUGCCGAACUACUUGUUACAGCUGAAACCGCGCCCCCCAACUUCAUUCAGAGACUACAGAGUAUGAUUGUGAGACAAGGAAGCCAAGUGAGACUGGAUGUUCGCGUGACAGGAAUCCCUACACCUGUGGUGAAGUUCUAUAGGGAGGGAGCUGAGAUUCAGAGCUCCACUGACUUUCAGAUUGUUCAAGAAGGAGACCUCUACAGCUUGCUGAUUGCUGAAGCCUUCCCUGAAGAUUCUGGAACAUACUCCGUUAAUGCCACAAACAGCAGUGGACGUGCCACAUCUACAGCUGAAUUGCUUGUUCAAGGUGAAGAAGUAGCAGUACCUGCUAAAAAGACAAAGACAGUUGUCUCAACUGCUCAGAUUUCUCAAGCUCACCAGACCAGAGUUGAAAAGAGAGUGGGAGCUCAUUUUCAGACUAGCACUUCAGAAACAAUGGAAAUGCAUGUGGAAGGAGGUGCAGUUAUUCAGCAGCUGCCACACAAACCCCCCCCACGUGUGCCCCCGAAACCAACUUCCAAGUCCCCACCAUCUAUGGUUUCCAAAGUUUCAGCCACACGCCAUCAGUCGCCCUCUCCUGUGAGGCACGUGAAGGGGCCAACUCCAACUCCCAUCAGGUCUGUAUCUCCCUCCACAAUGAGAUUGUCAGUUUCUCCUAUCAGACCUGUCAAGUCCCCAGUCAUGACCCGUAAGCAGGUCACUCCCAGCCCAGAUGUUCUCCCACCAUGGAAGCAAGAGGACUAUACAGAGGCCAGUUUUACUCGCAUGAUGACUGCUGGUGCCACCCAAAUCCAGACCGCUGCAACUCACGUGCACAUGGAGCAGCGCUGGGAAGGCUCUUUUGGGAUGCAGCAAAAAGCUACUGGAGGUUUAGGAGUUUCCAUUAAAGAGGUUGUUGAGACUGCUACAAUUCCUUCAGCUGCUGAAACUGCCGUGGUGCCACCCACUCUCAUUGCUGGCUUGAAGAAUAUGACUGUCAUUGAGGGAGAAUCUGUGACACUGGAGUGCCAGAUAUCUGGUCACCCUGCCCCAGGCAUCAUGUGGUUCAGGGAGGACUACAGAAUCGAGAGCUCCAUUGACUUCCAGAUUACCUAUGAGAAUGGAUACGCCCGUCUGGUAAUCCGUGAGGCUUUUGCUGAGGACAGUGGACGUUUCACCUGCACAGCCACCAGCGAGGCGGGAACAGUCAGCACCUCCUGCUACCUGCUUGUCCAAGUUUCAGAGGAAAUUGAGGGCAGGGAGGACAUUACAACUGUUUCUGAAUACACUGACACUGCUGAGCAGAAACACAUUGUCGUUGAAUCCAAAGCCGAAACCAUAUCAGAAGUAAGCGGCAUCACAGAAACUGUGGAAUCAGGAGCAGAGGUGGCUCCCUUUUUCGUGAAGAAGCCCACUGUGCAGAAGCUAGUGGAAGGUGGGGGCAUCGCCUUCGAGUGCCAGAUUGGGGGCAGUCCCAAACCCCAUAUAUACUGGAAGAAGGCAGGAAUGCCACUUACCACUGGAUAUAGGUACAAAGUGAUUUACAAAAAGGAAACUGGGGAGUGCAGGCUGGAGAUCUCCAUGACCUUUGCUGAUGAUGCUGGAGAGUACUCAAUCAUUGCCAGGAAUAGGCUGGGAGAGGCCUCUGCCUCUGCUCACCUUCUAGGAGAAGAGGAAUAUGAAGCCUACAUGAAGAAAUAUGAGAUGACUUUUAAGACUGAAGUAACCACAAUGGUGGAGGAGCCGAAAGUGGCUGAUAUCCCUCCUGUGGUUGUGAGCGAAUAUGGGAAAGAGCAGAUCCGCACCACUCAGCAGAUGAAGAUUAUGAGGACCUUUGUCUCAGAGCAGGAACUCCAGAUCUCUGCUUUUGAGGAGAGGAUAAUCCACGAGAUUGAAUUCCGCCUUCUUAAGAUAACGUAUCAGGAACUGGUGACUGAAGAUGGGGAAGAGAUGAUCAUGACAGAACAGGAGGCUGUAGAGCCAACUUUUGACACUCCUGUGAAGAGCUACAGGAUCUUGGAAGGCAUGGGAGUCACCUUCCACUGCAAAGUGGCAGGAACUCCGCUGCCCAAGAUUGCAUGGUACAAAGAUGGCAAGCGCAUCAGGCAUGGUGGUCGAUAUCAGAUGGAGUUUCUCCAGGAUGGGAGGGCCAGUCUGCGUAUCCCAGUGGUGCUGCCAGAGGAUGAAGGUGUCUACACUGCCUUGGCUUGUAACAUGAAGGCAAGUUCUGUCAGCUCAGGGAAGCUGUACGCGGAGCCCACUGCACCAGUCGGAGCUCAGCCCUACAUACCACAACCUGAAGCAGUCCAGAGAAUCCGUUCCACAUCACCACGCUCCCUGAGCCGCUCUCCUGGACGUUCUCCUGGUCGCUCUCCAUCACGUAGACUGGACGAGACGGAUGAAGCCCAGCUGGAGAGACUGUAUAAGCCUGUAUUUGUCAUGAAGCCCUCCUCCUUCAAGUGUGCUGAGGGGCAAACUGCCAGAUUUGACUUAAAAGUGGUUGGCAGACCCAUGCCUGAAACCUUCUGGUUCCACAAUGGACAACAAGUGGUCAAUGACUAUACUCACAAGAUUGUGGUAAAGGAGGAUGGAGUUCAGUCACUGAUUGUGGUCCCAGCCAUGCCCACUGACUCUGGGGAAUGGACUGUUGUGGCUCAGAACAGAGCUGGAAAGACUUCCAUUUCCAUGACUCUCACAGUAGACGCUAAGGAAAACUUGGUGAGACCCCAGUUUAUUGAGAAACUGAAGAAUAUUAGUGUCAAGGAAGGAACUCUGGUUGAACUGGCUGUAAAAGCAAUUGGAAACCCCCUUCCUGACAUUGUCUGGCUGAAAAACAGCGACAUUAUCUCACCACAUAAAUACCCAAAUAUCAAGAUUGAAGGCACCAAAGGGGAAGCAAAUUUCAAGAUCGCCUCUAGUGUAGGCUCUGAUAGUGCCUGGUACACAGCCACAGCCAUCAACAAGGCUGGACGAGACACCACCCGCUGCAGGGUCAACAUAGAAAUGGAGUCUGCUGAACCAGAGCCUGAGAGAAGACUUGUCAUCCCCAAGGGAACCUACAAAGCCAAGGAAAUUGCAGCUCCAGAGUUGGAGCCCUUACAUCUCCGUUAUGGUCAGGAGCAGUGGGAAGAAGGGGACUUGUAUGACAAAGAAAAGCAGCAGAAGCCACACUUCAAGAAGAAGCUGACCUCAGUCAGGCUGAAGCAUUUUGGUGCUGUGCAUUUUGAAUGUAGGCUAACUCCUAUUGGUGACCCCACCAUGGUAGUGGAGUGGCUGCAUGAUGGAAAACCCCUGGCAGCAGCUAACAGGCUGCGAAUGAUCAAUGAGUUUGGCUACUGCAGUCUGGACUAUGAAGUGGCUUACAAUAGGGAUAGUGGUGUAAUCACCUGCAGAGCAACAAAUAAGUAUGGAUUUGAUCAGACCUCUGCUACCCUGAUUGUGAAGGAUGAGAAGAGCCUUGUGGAAGAGUCUCAACUACCAGAAGGUAGAAAGGGAAUGCAAAGGAUUGAAGAGAUGGAACGCAUUGCCCAUGAAGGGGCUCUUGCAGGAGUCACAACUGAAGAGACAUAUGAGAAGACUAAGCCUGAGAUUGUUCUUCUCCCUGAGCCGGCGAGGGUAUUAGAAGGGCAGACUGCCAGGUUCCGCUGCAGAGUGACUGGAUACCCUGCACCUAAGGUGAACUGGUACCUCAAUGGGCAACUCAUCAGGAAGAGCAAGAGGUUCAGGCUCCGCUAUGAUGGUAUUUACUACCUUGAGAUUACUGAUUGCAAAUCUUAUGAUUCAGGAGAUGUGAAAGUAAUGGCAGAGAACCCUGAAGGUGUGGCUGAACACUGUGUGAAACUGGAGAUUCAGCAGAGGGAGGACUUCAGGUCUAUCCUCCGCCGUGCCCCUGAGCCGAAGGCUCCAGAAUCUGGUACUGAGCAUGGAAGGGUUUCCUUUGAAGUUGUCAAAGUUGAGAGACCCCCUGAAGCUAUUCAGCCAAAAGAAGUAGUAAAAUUGAGAAAGACUGAGAGAAUCAUCCAUGAGAAACCAACAGAGGAGACAGAGGAGCUGAAAAGCAAAUUUAAGCGUAGGACAGAGGAAGGCUACUAUGAAGCCAUCACUGCCGUAGAGCUCAAGUCCCGUAGGAAGGAUGAAUCCUAUGAGGAUAUGCUAAGGAAAAGGAAAGAGGAACUUCUUCAUUGGACCAAAGAGGUGUCUGAGGAGGAAAAGAAAAAAGAAGAGGAAAGAGGCAAAGUUACCAUUCCCAUAAUCAAACCAGAAAGAAUCGAACUGUCUCCUAGCAUGGAAGCUCCAAAGAUUCUGGAACGCAUACAGAGCCAAACAGUUUCCAAAAGUGAAGAGGUCCGCUUUAGAGUUAGAGUGGUUGGGAAACCCGAUCCAGAGUGCCAGUGGUUCAAAAAUGGAGUUUUGCUGGAGAAGUCAGAGCGUAUUUACUGGUAUUGGCCUGAAGACCAUGUUUGUGAAUUGGUGAUUAGAAAUGUAUCAGUUGAGGACUCUGCUAGCAUUAUGGUCAAAGCCGUGAACAUUGCUGGAGAGACUUCAAGCCAUGCAUUCUUGCUUGUGCAAGCUAAGCAAGUUAUUACAUUUACACAAGAACUGGAAGAUCUCAAUGCCAAAGAAAAGGAUACUAUGGUGACCUUUGAGUGUGAAACUAAUGAACCUUUUGUCAAAGUGAAAUGGCUGAAAAACAAUACAGAAAUUUUUUCUGGAGACAAAUAUCGAAUGCAUUCAGACAGGAAGGUGCAUUUCCUGUCUGUGUUGACCAUUGACAUGGGUGACGCUGCAGAGUACAGUUGUGCUGUUGCUGAGGACGACCACAUCAGAACCACUGCCAGACUAAUCGUUGAAGGAGCCCCGCUGGAUAUUGUAAAGAAUCUGGAGAAUAUAGAAGUUCCUGAGACCUACUCUGGGGAAUUUGAGUGUGUAGUGUCCCGUGAGGAUGUUGAGGGUACCUGGUACUUCAAAGACAAGGAAAUCACUCCCAGCAGCAAAUAUGUUAUGUCUUCUCGGCGUGGACGCCACACUCUCACUGUCAAAGAUGUCAGGAAGGAGAACCAGGGCAAAUAUACUUUUGUUAUUGGUGAACUGAAGACAAGUGGAUCAUUACAUAUGAAAUUACGUCCAGUGACAUUGAUGCAAGGACUCACAGACCUGACCAUCUGUGAAGGGGACAUUGCCCAACUGGAAGUCAGAUUUUCCCAGGAGAACGUUGAGGGCUCCUGGAUGAAGAAUGGGCAAGCUAUCUCAGCCACUGACCGCAUUCAUGUUGUGAUUGAUAAGAAUACCCACAAGCUUCUCAUUGAAGAUGCCAACAGAGAUGAUGCUGGAAUGUAUUCGUUUGUUGUUCCUACUCACAAUAUCUCCACGGCUGGGAAGCUAACCGUUCAGACCAUUGGCAUCUUGACCCCACUAAAGGAUGUGUCUUCAGUGGAGGGCACUAAAGCCGUGCUGGAGGCUAAAAUCUCUGCUGCUGAUAUUAGCUCAGUAAAAUGGUAUCACAAUGACAAGUUGGUGGUGUCCAGUGAAAGAGUCCAGGUGAUCACUAAAGGAUCCAAGCAACGUCUGGUCUUCAGCAGGACCUUUGCCUCAGACCAGGGGCAGUACAAAUUGGUUGUUGGCAGAGUUGAUUCCAGCUGCAAACUGACUGUUGAAAGAAUUCACAUUGUGAAGCAUAUGGAAGACCAGGUUUGCACUGAAACCCAGAAUGUCACCUUUACGGUUGAUUUGUCCCACUCUGGUAUUGAUGUUCUCUGGACCUUUAAGAAUCAGCAUCUGAAAGCUGGUCCCAAGCACAAGAUUGAGGCAAAGGGCAAACGCUAUACACUGACUGUCAUUGAUACCAUGAAGGAUGAGGAGGGACAAUACACAUUUGCUGCUGGUGAACAGACAUCCAGUGCUAAACUUUCUGUAUCAGGUGGUGCAAUUAACAGACCUCUCCAGGAUGUGACAGUAGCAGAGUCCCAGACUGCAGAGUUUGAGUGUGAAGUGGCCAAUCCAAUUACUGAGGGGAAAUGGCUAAAGGAUGGCCGCCCUGUGGAUUUCGGUGACAACAUAAGGAGUGAGAAAGAUGGAGCUGUAAGACGCCUCAUAAUUGUCAUCACUAGACCUCAGGAUGUUGGUGAAUACACGUACCAAGUGGCCAACUCCAAGACUACAGCCAACCUGAGAGUUGAAGCGGUGAAGGUGCGAAAGACACUGAGGAACCAGACAGUCACUGAGACCCAGGAAGCAGAGUUCAGUCUUGAGCUGACCCACACGAAUGUGAAAGGAUUCCAAUGGACCAAGAAUGGUAUUGAGAUCCAGUCCAGUGACAAGUUUGAAAUAAUAGUAGAUGGCAUGGUUCACACCCUGAAGAUCAAGAACUGUAACACACAGGAUGAGUCUGUCUAUGGAUUCAAACUGGGAAAACUGUCUGCUAAUGCCAGACUUAACGUUGAGACUAUUAAGAUUGUGAAGAAACCCAAGGAUGUGACCUCCCUUUUGGAUGCCACUGCAUCCUUUGAACUGAGCUUGUCUCAUGACAACAUCCCAGUGAAGUGGAUGUUCAAUAAUGUUGAGCUGAAGCCCAGUGAGAACUGCAAGAUACUGUCAGAGAGGAAGGCUCACAAGCUAGUCAUCCAGAAUGUGAACACCCGCCAUGCUGGAGAAUACACAGCUGUUGUCGGACAUUUGCAAUGCAGUGCAACACUAUAUGUUGAAGCUUUGCGUGUCACAAAAACAAUGAAGAACAUUGAAGUCCCUGAGACCCAGGUUGCCACCUUUGAAUGUGAGGUCUCUCACUUCAAUGUGCCGUCCACCUGGCUUAAGAAUGGAGUGGAGAUCGAGAUGAGCGAGAAGUUCAGGAUCGUGGUACAGGGCAAGCUGCACCAGCUCAAAAUAAUGAAUACCAGCAGAGAUGACUCUGCAGAGUAUACUUUUAUAUGUGGAAAUGACAGAGUUUCUGCCACGCUGACAGUCAACACCAUUCUGAUCACAUCUAUGCUCAAGGACCUCAAAGCUCAAGAGAAAGACACAAUCACCUUCGAGGUGAAUGUAAACUAUGAAGGAAUAACCUACAAGUGGCUGAAGAAUGGUGUGGAGAUCCGAUCAUCAGAAAAAUGCCAGAUUCGCACCAAACAGCUCACUCACUCACUGACCAUUAGGAACGUACACUUUGGGGAUGGUGGAGAGUACUCCUUUGUGGCCGGGUCUGCAAAAACAUCUGCUAACCUUUACAUUGAAGCACGUGUUGUUGAAUUCAGAAAGAACAUCAAAGACAUAAAAGUAACUGAGAAGAAAAGGGCUGUUUUUGAAUGCGAGAUCUCUGAGCCAAACAUACAUGUAAUGUGGAUGAAAGAUGGUCAAGAGCUGGAAAUUUCUGAUAGAUACAAAACUACCACUGAGAAGUACGUGCACCGCCUGAUGAUCCCAACUGUUCGCAUAUCUGAUGCUGGAGAGUAUUCUGUGGUUGCUGGUUCAAGUAUUUCUAAGGCCCAUCUCACUGUGGAGGGCCGUGAUGUCAGGAUUACAGAACCCAGGGAGAGGGAAAUAACUGUUCUUGAGAAGCAGAGAGCAACAUUUGAAUUUGAAGUAAAUGAAGAUGACGUUGAAGCUCGAUGGCUGAGAAAUGGAACUGAGAUUCAGUUGUCAACUGAGGAAAGAUUCAGCUAUGCAGCUAUCAGAAAGGUCCAUCGCUUGACCAUCACAGAGACCUACCGCAGUGAUGCUGGGAAGUACACAUUUAUUGCUGGCAGGAACAGGAGUGAAAUUACUCUGCAUGUCAAAAUUCCUGAGCCUCCCAAGAUCAUCAAACAAAUGGAGCCCCUAUCUGUGGAGGCUGGCAAGCCUGCCCGUUUCUCUGUGGAAGUGAAAGGCACCCCUCAGCCUCAAAUUUUCUGGUACAAGGACUCCCAGGCCCUGUCCGCUGGAUUCAAGUGUAAAUUCUUACAUCACGGGGAUGUCCACACACUGAUGCUCAUUGAGGUCUUCCCAGAGGAUGCAGCUGUCUACAACUGUGAAGCCAAGAAUGACUAUGGUGUAGCUACAAGCUCUGCUUCUCUGAAUGUGGAAGUUCCAGAGGUUAUUUCCCCUGAUACUGGGGCUCCAAUGUCUCCCCCUGUGAUUGUUUCUCCAAUAUAUACCACCUCUGCUCAGGAAGGGGAGUCUGCUCGAUUCCAGUGCCGCAUAUCUGGAGAAGACCUGACCAUCACCUGGUACUGCCGAGACAAGGAGAUCAAGCAGUCUGACAUUUUCAGAAUGUCCCAGUUUGAUGAUAAUCACCAGCUGGAAAUUAUCAGAGUUUACCCAGGGGAUGGGGGGGAGUAUACUUGUGUUGCCAGAAACUCAGCUGGAAUGGUCUCUUGCUCAGCUGUUCUGACGCUUGACGGUGAAGGGUAUAAGCAAAUUAAGGACAGUACACCCAAGGCUCAAUGGCAUGCGUCAACAAGUCUGUCUACAAGCAUAUCGAGUGUAAAGAAGGAGCCAAUUGGCCAAAGACCCGCUUUCAUUCAGCCUAUUGCAAGCUGCACAGUGCUUCACGGAGAAGUUGCCAGAUUCCAUGCUCGCGUGUCUGGCAUGCCAAAGCCAGAGAUCAGCUGGUUUCAUAAUCAGCAGCUUGUUAAGCCAACAAAAAAUGUUGUCUUUCAUUUCGAUGAGAUGACAACAAUUGCCACGCUAAUCAUAGUUGAUGCUUUCCCUGAGCAUGCUGGACUAUACACUUGCAAAGCGACCAACAAUUCUGGAGAGGCGGUGUGCACGGCUACCCUUGCAGUAACCAAAGAAGUGACAAAAAUGGAGCGGGAUACUACAGCCAGAAUCGAGGAGCAAGUCAAAGCAUUUUCUAGCUUCUCUGUGUCAGAUGAAGAACAGAGAAAAGAAUCCUACAGCACUGGCCUACAAUUAUCAGAAAAAAGCAUUACAUCUGAACUCAAGCCAGAGUCUAAACGCUAUUCUAGUACAUUAGAGAAGAAAAAGGAAAAGCCUGUUUUUAUCACCCAGCUCUCACCAGCAGAUAUCUCAGUUGGAGAGACAGCUAAAUUUACUGUCACGGUAUUUGGCUUUCCAAAGCCUAAAGUGCAGUGGUUCCACAAUAAACAGGAGAUUACAUCCUCAUCAGUUUAUACAUUUUAUCAAGAAGAAAACCAAUAUACACUGACCAUUUCCCAGGUAAAGACAGAAGAUGAAGGGGAGUACUCUUGCACUGUCAGCAACAGAUUUGGUCAGUCAACUAGUUCAGCAUUCCUGCAUGUCAAAGCAAAAGAAAUUCCUAAAUCAGAGUUCUGGUUUAAAGUUUCUGGCCAGCCUCCUUGUUUCACUACAGAGAUAGAAUCCACACAAUGCACUGUAGGAAGUCAAGCUCAGUUUCGAUACAGUGUCACAGGGAAUCCCCUUCCUGAGGUUCAGUGGUUUAGGGGAAGUUACCAGAUUCAGCCCAGUAAGUACUUCACUGUGGUAAAUAAUCCAGAUGGCUCUGGGUACCUUAACUUGAUGGGUAUCCAGCAGGAAGACAGUGGUCUCUAUACAUGUAGGGCAUCCAAUGCAUCUGGGGAAGCCUCCUGCAGUGCUGAACUGAUCGUGUUCCGUGAUACUGUCUCUGUCUCAAGUCGACAGGACCACACAUUUGCUCACAAGCAGAAAAGUUACAAAGUUUCAAUGACAGAGCAAGUCACUGAAUCCCGACUGUAUUCUGUGAACCUCCCAGGGGAGGCCAGAGCUAAUGUGCAGUCAGGACAUCAGAUGGUAUACACCAUUGGCACAGAGGAUAGGCAGACUAUUGCCAGUGAGCAAGUGGAUAACUUGCUACAGGUGGGAAUAUCUUCUGCUUCCCUGCAUAGAGAGCAAGUUCCUCACCAAGCUGCAGUGCUGCAGUCUCAUGAGAUGGAAGAAAGGGUAAUGGUGGGACCUACCCAGCUCCAUCCAGUUGCAGCCUUACCUACGAGACAGCUGCACAUGGCAUCCUUUACUCCUGCGGUCCAGGAGAGUCAUGGUUUCACAGAGCAGCACUCAGAAUACAUCCAGACUCCAGCGAUAAUAGAGUUAGAGCUGACCCGGGAGCAAAAAUCGAAAAUGAUGUCUGCAGUUGUUGAAGAAAUAACACCUGUAGCCACUGUGAAAACUGAGUUAAGUGACAGGAAACCAGAACUGAUUCAGCCAACUCCUGAGCCAAAACAAGUUGUCACAAGUCACCAAGUAGAAACCAGGAUACCAAUAAUGAAAGAGAAAUUACAAAUGAUUCCCAAGCCUGAAGUUGAAAAAAGUUAUAAAGUAAAGGAAGGAAUAAAAAUAUUGUAUUCUGCCAUAUCAACAAGGGAGCAUGAAAUAGCUGAAGCCCAUUCAACAGAGUUAUCCUCCUCAGAUUCAGCCUUACAGUCUUCAUUAGUGAAGGAGUUGUCUAAGCCAGUUCAUAUCUCUACCAGUGAGACUAAACAAACUUUAUCAAAAGAACAGAAAUUUGAAAUAUACAAACCAAAGGAAGAGAAAGCACAAAUGCUGAAGGAUAAAUUAGUUCAAUCAUCUCUAACUUCUGAAGAAAAGCAGUUGCUCCAAUCUGAACACACUGAACAAAUUCCAGGUAUAGAUAGUGCUAUAUCUGUGCAGUCUCAG